GUAUAUAUAUGUCCACUUCCACUUGGGAUUUUUUCCUCUCGGCAGCGAAAGAUAUUAUAUACCCACUAGAAAUUUGUAAUCUAAAGGCUAAAGGCACUAGUUAUGGAGAAACUUUUGGACAAACAAUUAUUCAACAAUGGAGUUCUGUGGUUCAACUCCAGUGAAGCAACAAAAUACCAUAUUCAAACGUCACCGUUUCACUUGAGAUUAGCAGGGGUAGAGAGCCCCAGUUAUAUCCAUACCAAAAUGCCUAAAAUGGCCAUCCAAUGCAGAACUUCAGUUAAGGUUCAUGCAGUGAGAAGGAGAAGGGUGUAUGAAAGCACAGAAACUUAUGUACUGUUGGAACCAGGAGAGGAUGAGAAGUUUGUGUCUGAAGAUGAAUUGAGGAUAAAGCUAAAGGAUUGGCUGGAAAAAUGGCCAGGCCAGUCUCUUCCUCAGGACCUUGCUAGAUUUGACAGCAUUGAUGAUGCUGUUUCUUACUUGGUGACCUCUGUCUGCGAACUUGAAAUCCAAGGGGAUGUUGGUUCAGUCCAAUGGUAUGAAGUUCGUUUGGAAUAAUAAAUAUGUGAUUACAAUUACUAAUUUAUUUUGAUAAGUGGAUCCCCAGCUGCUAUUAUUGUUAGUUAAUUCAAUCAAUCAUUUAUUUUAAGACUCAA